AGGCACUCAGUGUUUGCUUUUCCACCAGUUAAAGAUCUGACGCUGCAGUAUCUAGAUGGUCGCUUGAGGACACCAACACAAUCUCCCUUCACUCCGCCCACUGCUGAAUUAUAUUCAGCACCUAAAGGUCGUUUCCUUCUUCGAAUAGCAAAAGAUUUUAAAAAAUUCAGUCUAAUCUGGUUCAUAUUUCACGGAGCUGAAGGAUGACUCGUCGUGUAGCAGUGAUUGGAGGAGGAAGUUCAGGUCUGGCCUGUAUCAAGUGCUGUCUGGAUGAGGGGCUGGAGCCUGUCUGCUUUGAAAGCAGCGACGACAUUGGUGGUCUAUGGAGGUUUAAGGAGAAUCCAGAGCCAGACAGGGCCAGCAUCUACUACUCCGUCAUCAUCAACACCUCCAAGGAGAUGAUGUGUUUCAGUGACUUUCCCAUCCCUGCACACUUCCCCAACUACAUGCACAACACCCUCAUCAUGGACUACUUUCGGAUGUAUGCUGACCGCUUCCAGCUCACCAAGCACAUACGCCUCAAUACGAAAGUUUUGCAGGUGAAGCAGAGAUCGGAUUUUUCUCGUUCAGGCCAGUGGGAUGUUGAGACAGAGAACAAGGAUGGCAAAAAGGAGAAACACAUUUUUGAUGCCGUGAUGAUCUGUAUUGGACAUCACUGCCAACCCAACAUGCCACUACAUGAUUUCCCAGGAAUUGACACUUUCAAUGGAAAGUAUUUCCACAGCAGAGACUACAAGACUCCUGAGGAGUGGAGGAAUAAAAAAGCUGUAGUGCUUGGAAUAGGAAACUCUGGAGGAGACAUAGCAGUGGAACUGAGCAGAGUCACCAAGCAGCUUUACCUGAGCACUCGAAGAGGAGCCUGGAUUCUGAACCGAGUUGGGGACAAUGGGCUUCCCCUUGAUUUGGGUUUUAACAGGGUGCUGAACUCUGUGCAGACCAUCCUACCCUUUGGUGUUUACUGUGGUCUAGGAGAGAGAAUGCUCAACCAAAGAUUCAAUCACGCUCUGUACAAUCUUAAGCCAAAGCACAGGUUGUUCAACCAACAUCCCACACUUAAUGAUGAGCUUCCCAACCGCAUCCUAUCUGGAACAGUUCAGGUGAAACCCAACAUCAGCAGGUUUCAGGGGUCCAGUGUGGAGUUCGAUGAUGGAAGUGUCGUGGAAGAUGUCGACCUGGUGGUGUUUGCCACAGGUUACAGGUUUUCCUUUCCAUUCCUGGCCUCACAUGUGACCUCAGCUUGUGAGAACAAAGCAUCUCUGUACAAGUAUGUGUUUCCCCCUGAGUUGGACCGCCCCACUCUGGCUAUCAUUGGACUCGUGCAGCCACUGGGAGCCAUUAUGCCUAUCUCUGAGAUGCAGGCCAGAUGGGCCACACGUGUCUUUAAAGGCUGCAUCAAGCUUCCCCCAGUGGCUACCAUGCUUAAAGAUGUCCAGUGCAAGCAGGAGACAAUGGCUAAAAGGUAUGUCACCAGUCAGAGACACACCAUCCAAGUCGACUAUAUCAGCUACAUGGAUGAGAUUGCAGAGCUGGUGGGGGUUCAACCCAAAAUCCUGAGGCUGCUGCUGACUGAUCCCAGGCUGGGACUGAAUGUGAUGUUCGGUCCCAGUACUCCGUACCAGUAUCGUCUCAGAGGGCCAGGGAAAUGGGCUGGAGCCCGUCAGGCCAUCUUCACUCAGUGGGAGAGGGUGGCUCAACCCCUGCAGACCAGGCCCUGUGAUGAGCCCCAAACCAAGAGAUCCUUUAUGUGGCCUCUGAUUCUGUCAGCUGCUGUGGGCUUGGCUGCCUAUGUUAACAGGAACAACCUUCCAGCUUUCCUUCAAGAUCCCACUGCACUGUUGGACAAGAUAAAAGUUUAUCUUCCUGCACAGUGAUGUGCAAUUAAUAUUUGAUGUGAUUAUGACUGUAAGUAGUGCAGGUAGUGUUAAUAAUCAGCAUAGAUAACACAAAUUCAAUUAAAAAAACAAAUAGAUAUAGAUAUAGCUCAUUAAUCUUAAUAAGGUAAUGCCUAAGCAAGCAGCUGCAUUUUAAUGUCCCAGCUGGUCCAUGUGGCCUGCUAUUUUGUAUGGUGUUUAAUCAUUUAAAAUAUAGUGAUGUACUUUAUUUCAUAGGCUGGUUUGUAAAAUCUUUAUCUUGAAAAGAAGUAAGAACUACAGCUGUUCAUUAGCAUCAAUUUGAUUACCCCAUCUCAAGGCUGGAUAGUGAAUUUAGAUAUUUUACAUUGGUCAAUGAUGCCACCUAAUGGCAGUUUCAGAAACCAGCUGAUGUUUGGCUUGAAAAAACUACAUAAAAGGAUAGUCCUUCCUUUGUGUGUCACUGCAUCAUACUGGGAUCAUGUGAUUUUAGGAUCUCCCUCUGGGAUCUUUGCAGUUUUCUUUUUAGCUUAUUUUGAGGGGGGUAUUGGUAAAUACAUUAGGAAAGGUAAGCAGAGACACUUACACAUAAUGUCCUGUGCAGGUCUUUCACACUAUCACCGAUAAGUUAAUCGUUGGCUUUGGCAAUAAAACAA